CGAACAAAGAGGCUGUGAUAAUGUAAUCUGAUAAAAGACUAUCAUUUUUGUCAAGCGAGAGUUAGAUGCAUCAAAGAUCAUUUUUUUUUUUUUUUCUUCCCCAAACGUUGAUCGUAAAUAACACGUACUUUUUUCGUAUCUUGUGAAAUAGAAUGACUCGGAAUAAAGGAGAGAGAGAAAGAUACAAACGUCAGUGCAUUGUUCCUCAACCCGGAAGAUGAUACAACAUUCAGGAAGAGAAAUACCACAGUCGUUUAAAUAAAGAAUAAAUAACUACCAAAAAAACAAUAUUCUUUCAGUACAUUUUGCGUUUGUUUACGCGUGAGACCCAUGUGACAGAACACGCGAAGUGAAGUGUUAUACUCGCGAGAUCGAGACCGAGAGCCCUAUGAUGUAAGAUCGGAGGCAGCGAGAGAGAAGUGCGCGAGUGUCGUUGGCGCUGAAGCCCAUGGCACACGAGGCAGUCAACCCCGCCGUGGGCCGCAUGUGGCACCUGGACCACAACAACCCUUACGACAGGGCCAUGCGCUCGCAGGUCAGGAGCUACAUGCCCAACCGCCACAGCUACGUGGACCAGACGAGCGGCAUGCCCAACCUGAACCGCCAUUACGCGCAGAGCCUCGAGUCCAUGGACAACGGGCUGGCGAGGCCCAUCAAGCCCAUUUCGCCGCACUCCCCCUACGCGCCCCACCUGCCGCAGCCCACCUCCCACUCGACCCACGCCCUCCACUCCCCCCACUCCGCCCACCUGGCCCACUCCUCCCACUCGCCCCACUCGCCCCACGCGACGCCCUCGCCCGUCUUCCCGUCCGCCCCGACGGCCCGCCCCACGAGGCCCGGGAGCAGGUUCUCGCGGUCGGGCCACAGGUCCUCCUCGACGCGCACCAGCCGGCCCUCCAGCUUCACAGCCUCUCAGGAUGACUUCGUCUUCUUCUCGCCCAACAAACCGCCUCCCGCGGGAGUGGCCUUGACCAACAAGGUCCUGCCGGAGGAGAACGAGGACGACGACGACGACGAUGACGACGACGACGAGAACGACGCCCUGUCCAGUGACAAGAGGCUGCGGCGGACGGGGAAGGUCGCGGACUACGGUGAGUUGACGAGAGACGCGGACGUGUGCGCAGACGGACGCGCGGCGACCCAUGAGUCAGUCUUUAGAUGAGCUAUUUUGAAUUAAAAUAUACGUUAAGUAUUUAUUUUUUACUUAUCUACACAUACAUUUUUCGGGAAAUGAAUAUGCAUUUUUUUUUAACCUUAGGAUACACUUUUUUUAAGGUAAUUAAUUUGUUUUCUUUGUAAUGAUACACAGUUUUCUCCUUACAGUAAUUGAAUAUGCAUUAUCUGUAUAAAGAUG